CUCCUGGAAAGAACAUAACAUUUGAUUGCCCCUAGCGACCGAUCAACAAAACCUCUAAAAAUGUCUUAGUACUACAAAUAACCGCAAGUUAGUGUGUUUUUCCGCGUAUUUUCCCCAUUAUGACAACUCCACAGAGAAAUGAUGACAACUUCAUGAAGUCUACGGAGCAUAUGGACAGUGUUCAAAGGUCAAUGGACAAACUUCUAAACCUCUCCGCUGUGGACAUGACUGAGACAGAAAUUCUGCGGUCGAGGAUGGAUGAACAGUCAAGUCUGAUCUGCAUACUGAAACAGAGAGCAGAUGAACUGCUUUGUCAAUACCAAGCCUCGGAAAAAAUGAACACAGAGCUGAAGGACAGAAUAAAUGUCAGCCAGAAAGAACUGGACACCAAGAGCAAGAGAGCAGAGUUAUUAGAGAUGAGAUUCAUGGAUCUAGCUGCCAACAACCAAUCAGUUAUUGCAUUCAUGAAUGAGUACAAAAAUCACAACGCCCAGUUAAAGAUGGAAAACAAACGGCUGCAGUCGGAAAACGACACACUUUUCUCCCAAAAAGUACAAGAUAAAGAAGUGAUUGUGCAAAAUCUGAUGCAAGAAAUUAAACUGAUGACAGAGAAUUACACAAAUAAAGAAAAAGAAUAUGGAGAGAAAUUAGCCGAAUGCCAAUCAAGACUCCUGGAUGAAGCAACUCGGCAUCAAGCCAAGGAGGCAUCACUACUAGAUCAAGUGCAGGACAGUGAGCAAAAGCAAAGAGAAGCUGUAGGGAUGAGCAAAGACAUGAAGCGGAAGCUUGAGAGGGCUGAAGAAAAGUUUGCUUUGAAGGAGACUGACAUGAGAAACAGCAUUGCACACAUUACAGAAGAGAAGGAAAAACUCUUGUCUCUGUCUAUAGAAAGAGGGAGAGUGAUACAGGUAAUUAAAUUUGUUCCAUUUACUAAAACCCCAAAUGAAUCAGAGUAUUUGUGCACAUACAAACUGGUCUUAAUACAGGAGAAGCAAGAGGAAAUCCAGCAGCUGACAAGAAAAUUGAAAGAGAAAAAAUCCCACUCGGAACCGGAUAAUGGGUUUGGAGAAGCUGCUGAUCUGGAUGUCAAAGUGAAGUUGCUCCAGUGUGCUCUCCGUGAAUCCAAUACAAACUAUGAGAAGCUUAAAAAGGACUUUGAAGCCUUCAAAGGACACAGUGCCAACCUCCUAACCCGAGAGAGGGAGCUGAAUAAGAAACUUCGCCAAAUGAUGGGCUAAACUGAAGAAUUAAAUGCUGUGCCACCUCCAGCACCAGCCGGCUCUCACGACCAGCCACCUCCAGGGCAUUGAGAAUGGGAGGCAGACCCUCGUCAAACUGGACAUCCACCACGGCACCAAUCACUGCCACAAUGCGGCCAUUGGCCAUUGCAGCCUGAGCAGCUGGGGCAGCAUAAGCCCUGCCUGAAAGAACAAGGACAAUGUCAUUAAUGUCUGACAACAUAUUAAUUCAAAUUGACUUGAUAGAAGUAGCAGCAACUAGAUUAGAAAAAUCAAAACACUGAAGAUGAUCAUUGAUAGACUGGUGAUUAGUUAAUAUCCUUUUUGACUUAAAUAUUCUAGGAAAAGCAUAUAUACAUAAUAUUUCGAAACACAGUGUGUUAUUAAGUGCCUAUACUGAACUCCAUGACAUAUUUCGUUUUCACUGAAAAGUUGACUUGUUUGACUUGUUCAAAGUUAGUGGGAAAGGUCAUUGACUGUAAGCCAAAGCAUAGCUGCUUCGACAACAUCUGAAUGAAGAGACAAUCAUAGUAACAACCUACUAUAACUGCGUGUGUUUCUUAGCUGUCUCUGGAUUGAAUAAAUAUUCACAGUGAUCGUAAA